UUGGGUACGUUAUCUGCAUCAACAAGCAUCUAUCCAUUUCCAUGCUGUGUGGGCAUACAUGGCGUCACUUGUCACCCCCGCGCAUGUUAGCAACUGCAAACCCUUACUCUGUUCCACUUCCAAGGCGAGGCCAGUGCGGUGCGCACUGUCACCCCCAACAUGGCGAGAGAGCCGCCGCAUGGUGUCCAUCUCUCUGGUUCUCUCCAACCUCCUUCUCAUUCCUAACCGUGCUGAAGGAGGUGUUUUUGAUAAGUAUGUUAAGAGGAAAAAGCUUGAUCCUCUAGAGACUUAUGUUCCAGCUGUCAUACUUACAGAGUUCCAGUUCAAGGACUUGGAAAAAACAUUAGAGGUUGAUAAGCCCCAAUUUGACCUCUGCCGGUCUCUACUUCGUUCUGGGCCUGCAGCAUCCCUUCGUGUAAAUAUUCGAGCAGUGGCGCAGUACGCAUCUGACAGUGGCAAUGGUAAAACUGCAAUGAACAAUGUUGAUGACUGUCUGAGGUCACUAGAGGAACUUGAUUCCCUGUUUCUGAAUGCAUCAAGAAAUGAUCCUGCAGCCUCAGUCAAAUCAAUGAAGGCAAAAAUCAGUACUGCCCUUGGUGCUCUAGACAGCCUCUUACAAACUGUACCUUCGGAUGUGCUAAGUAAGGGAAAGGUUAUAGCUGAUUCAUACAGGGACCAGGAAGAUGUGGAAACAGAGAGUUUAGACCCUGAGUUAAAGCAAUUAGAAUCAGUACUGUGAUAACAUACUUUUUCGACUUCUGAGUAUGACUCAGCAUAGUUAAGAUUAUGGAGCCGAAGCCCCAAAUGGUUGAAUCUUAAAACACAGUUAAUAUUGUGUAAUAAAGUUUAAAAGAACUUGAUUUUUUGAUCA